AAAUCCGCACACAAUAUAAAUAAUAACGUUAUACAACCACAUCACAUGCAUGAUGGCAUGAUGCCUAUUAAAGCAGUAAAUAGGCCAACCCCAGAAUCAUACAUUAAUCAAUAAUCUCACGGUAGUUAGACUAGUGGUUACAACUUACAAAACAAACAAAGAAAUUGGAAGUUUGUGACUCAAUUUCUUUCUGAAGAAAGGCAUAUGAAAAUGAGUAGAAUACAUCAAGUUUCAGAAUCAAAGCUGCAGAAAUGGCUGUUGUUAUUAUCUCUGAGUCUCCUCUCCAUCUACGUUCCCCUCUCCUUCGCUGACCUUGGCACGGCUGCCCGCUACAGUACACCCUAUCUUCCAACCGAAUGUUACGGCCACGAUGCGACGGUUUUUCCAGCAAACAGCCUUUUCGCGGCGGCCGGAGAAGGGAUAUGGGACAAUGGGGCGGCCUGUGGGAGGCAAUACAUGGUGAGUUGCAUAAGUGCAAAUGCCCCUAGUAGUUGUGUUCCAGGCAGCACCAUCCAAGUCAAGAUUGUUGAUCGUGCAGCCACUGCUGUGUCUAAAGCCUCAAGUAGGGGGGCCGCACUUGUCCUCUCUACUACUGCCUUUGAUCAGCUUGUUAGGCCCCCUUCUACCACGUCCAUCAACAUUAUGUUCCAACAAGUAUCAUGAUGAUAUGGAGAUCAAUGGACAUUCACAUUGUAUAAAAAAAGAUAGAAAAUUGACGGGAAGGUCUAGAAGCAGUGUACAUUCACAUUGUAUAGUGCAUCCACAUACAUCUGCGUUCUUUUCUUUAAGAAUGAUCUUAUUUAACUAAAUCUUUUCUGUGUUUAAUAAA